AUGGGGGGAAGCUCGAAGCCCUCGGUCAUCGAUACGCUCGUCCCUGACCUCCAGCGAUACCGAAGCAGCGGGCGUCGCACCAUGUUCUUCGACAAGUCCCCCGAGGAAGUGGAGGCGAUGUUUCAGGAGGCUUUCAACGAAGAUGAGGAUGGUGAGGAGGAAGACAGCUGCAAUGAGAAGUCGCACCACCGGCUGAACUUGCACGCCGGGCUGCGCCAGUUCAUAGAGACGGAUGUGUUUGAGAUGAUCAUCUCCUGGCUGAUCCUUGGCAACGUCAUCGUCAUGGCCGCAGCCGUGCAAUACAGAGGCUUGGACAUCGGCUUCGCCAUUGGCUAUCCGGGCAAGUCCGAAAAAGCUGCCGACUUGUGGCCAGGUGCAGAAAGCGUCUUGAACGUCUUGGACACGAUUUUCACCGGCCUCUUCUUUCUGGAGCUGUUUCUGCGGCUGCUGGUCUACGGCCUGAGAUUCUUCACGCUCGCACUGAACUGGCUGGACUUUAUGGUGGUCAUCUUCUCGCUGAUGGAAGUGCUGUUGGCCGCCUCCAUCCCUGGCUCCUCCACCGUUCUUCGCCUGGUCCGCUUGGCUAAGCUGGCGCGGGGCUUGCGAGUGGUCCGCAUGGCGCGCGUCAUGGACUCCCUGAAUCUGCUGCUGAAGAGCAUCGGCGCGAGCUUCUCCAUGCUGAUGUGGUCCAUGCUGCUCAUCGCGGUGAUUCAAUGCACGGCAGGCAUGUUUGUCGGCUACUUGGUUAUGGAUUUCUUGGAGAAGGAAGACACACCGGAUGAUGUGCGCAGACAGAUCUACAGGUACUACGGGACGUUCACCUAUACCAUCCUUACGAUGUUUGAAGUGAUUUUUGCCAACUGGCCCAUACCUUGUCGCCUUCUGGUGGACUAUGUGGAUGAGUGGUUUUCUCUGUACUUCAUCAUCUACCGCUGUGUGGUUGGCUUCUGCGUACUCAACGUCGUAGGUGCAGUUUUCGUGCAGCAAACUAUGAAAGUUGCGGCAGACGAUCAUGAUCUUUUUAUGCAGCAGCAAACGCGGAAUGCCGAAGCCUACGCGCGCAAAAUCAAGGACGUGUUUGCCAAACUCGACACAUCUGGUGAGGGGGUGAUAUUCAUGGACGAGUUUGUGGAAAUCCUCAACACACCCACGAUGUCCCACUUCAUGACCAAGCUGGAGCUUGAAUCCACCGAUUUGCUGAGUCUCUUCAAGCUGAUUGACGUGGAUGACACUGGGCACGUGUCGCUGGAGGACUUCAUGGCCGGCUGCCAAAGGCUGAAAGGCCCAGCCAAGAGUGUCGACCUGGCCUUGCUGCUGGCGCACACGGCGCGGCUGAACUGCAAGGUGGACAAGAUGAUGGGCUUCGGCGGCGAAGCUGAGGACUCGGUGGACUGGGGCUACGGCGCCGCUGGCAAGCAGCUGGAACAGCGCUUCGCGAAGCGCAUGAGCAUGAGGAACACCAACAGCUGUGAGUGGGAGAGGGGCGAUUUGCCCCAGGUGCAGCAGGGGAGGACCAAGAGAUGGACCGAGUGA